CAGCGCGCUCGUCGCUCGCUUGCUGAGGGGGCCGGAGCCGCGGAGAAGCCGCCGCCGCCGCCGCCAGCGCUAGGCGAGGAGGACCGACAAGCGCCCCGUUCCCCCUCCCCUGUACCCCAACCCCGACAUGGCGGCUAGCGAUUCAGAGCGGGAGACCGUAGCCCCAGAAAAAUCAUCUCCUGAUAGAGAGAAGAAAAAGGAACGCUCAGAUGCAUCUAGUUCUCCUAGAACUUCAAAACACCAUUACUCAAGGUCACGUUCACGAUCAAGAGAAAGAAAACGAAAGUCGGAUAAUGACGGGAAAAAAUACAGAAGCCGGAGCAGAAGCAAAGAGAACCAACUUCUUCUUAAAACAGGCAAGAAGACAUGGGUCCAAAGAGAAGUCCUCCAAGAAACAUAAGUCAGAAGAUCAUAAUGACAAAGAACACUCCUCUGAAAAAGGGAGAGAGAGCGUGAGCACUUCUGAAAAUGGUGAGGAUCGGCAUAAACGAAAGGAGAAGAAAUCCUCAAGGGGACGGAGUCAUUCGAGAUCUAAAUCUCGCGAAAGGCGUCAUCGUAGUAGAAGCCGUGAUAGAAAAAAGUCACGAUCUCGAAGCCGAGAUAAAAAGCGGCGUGUAAGAUCACGUUCUAGAUCAAGAUCUAGACACAGGCAUCGGAGCAGGAGCAGGAGCAGAACUAGGAGUAGAAGCAGGGAAAGGAAGAAGAGACCUGAAAAACCCAGAAGAUUCAGCAGAAGUCACAGCAGAACUCCUAGUCCGCCACCUUUUAGGGGAAGAAAUACAGCAAUGGAUGCACAGGAAGCACUGGCUAGAAGAUUGGAAAGAGCAAAAAAACUGCAAGAACAGAGAGAAAAAGAACUGGUUGAAAAACAGAAGCAACAAGAAAUAGCUGCUGCGGCAGCUGCCACAGGUGGUUCUGUCAUCAAUGUUGCGGCUCUUCUGGCCUCUGGGACACAAGUCACUCCUCAGAUAGCUAUGGCAGCUCAAAUGGCUGCCCUGCAAGCAAAGGCCCUUGCUGAGACAGGCAUCGCCGUACCAAGCUAUUAUAAUCCAGCAGCAGUGAAUCCUAUGAAGUUUGCCGAACAGGAAAAGAAGCGGAAAAUGUUGUGGCAAGGCAAAAAAGAAGGGGAUAAAUCACAAUCUGCAGAAAUCUGGGAGAAACUGAACUUUGGAAAUAAGGACCAAAAUGUUAAAUUUAGAAAAUUAAUGGGUAUUAAGAGUGAAGAGGAAACCGCUGCUGCUGCUGCUGCUGGUGGUGGUAGCUCAGUAGAUGAAGAAAGUUAUAAGACUUUGAAGCAGCAGGAAGAAGUAUUCAGAAACCUAGAUGCACAAUAUGAAAUGGCAAGGUCACAGACGCACACACAAAGAGGAAUGGGUUUGGGAUUUACAUCUUCGAUGCGAGGAAUGGACGCUGUUUGAAUGGACGUGAUCUUAAAGCCUGGGACUUUGUCAAAAAUUCUCGUUCAGAUAUUGGGUCCUUGUUCACCAAAAGCUAGCAUCCUAGCUUGCAUGGGUGUUGCAUUGACUUUAAUUUAUUGACAUUACAAUUUUUGUAAAUAUCAGAUCAGUGAUAACUGGUGUUCCAUGUUGUAAUCAGGUUAUACUCACUUCCAUUAUAUUUCACAGAGCUUAUAGAAGGACAUUUUUAGUUCUGUGGUUUCAAAACAGAACAGGUGAGGGUAAACUCAUACAUGGAUAUUUUGUGUCCACUGUCUUGUGUACUUUUGUACUUUACUCUUGUACAGUUAUUUUCAACUCUUGAAACAUAAAACACAUUGUGUAGUUGUUAAUCUAGCAGACUGGGCCAGUGGGUAUAUAAUGCAGUGCAAAACCUGGUUAAUAAAAAUGUUUUUUCUCAAAUA